CCUUCUUCCCGGUUACUUGGAACAGGGCUUUGCACAGGAAUCCGCUGCCCCAUAGGACCCAAUCUGCCGGGUUUGGCUGGGAGGAGUUGUGGCGGCCGCCUUAUAAACACAGUUUGGUGUUGGCACUGCUUCCUUAAGUGUCUUGCUCAGGUCUUGAAACUUCUUAGUCAGCUCCGCUCUGCCCUCCGCAAACACUCAAGAUGCAUUUCAGAAACUUCAACUACAGCUUUGCUUCCUUGGUGGCCUGUGUGGCCGAGAACGACAUCUUCUAUCAGAGCGAUGUCAGGACCAAGUUUGAGUCUCUGUUCAGAGCGUACGAUAAAGACACCACCUUUCAGUACUUUAAGAGCUUCAAGAGAGUGAGGAUCAACUUCAGUAACCCGUUGUCAGCAGCAGAGGCCAGAAUCCAGCUUCACAAGACAGAGUUCCUGGGGAAGGAGAUCAAGUUGUACUUCGCACAGACCUUGCACAUAGGAAGUUCUCACCUGGCACCCCCAAACCCCGAGAAGCAAUUCCUUAUCUCUCCUCCCUCCUCCCCUCCUGUGGGCUGGAAACAGGCAGAAGACGCCACCCCGGUUAUCAACUACGAUCUCCUGUACGCCAUCUCAAAACUCGGGCCAGGUGAGCAGUAUGAACUACACGCCGCCACAGACACCACCCCCAGCGUGGUCGUCCAUGUCUGCGAGAGCGAUCCCGAGAACGAACUGGAGGUGGAAGAAGACGAGGAUGGCAUGAGCAAACCCAGACCAAAAAUCAUUCAGACGAAAAGGCCAGACUACAUGCCCAUCCACCUGAGCUGAAGAGGAGGACAGACGCAGUUUGAGGACAGACGUCCGUUUCACUCCAUGAAAUUUUUGUAAACCUGAGAACGACAGAACUCAGCGUGAAGCACAGAGGCGGCAGAAGCCGAAUUUAUACAGAACUCGGCUUUUCCGAACUGGUGUCUUUUUUUUUUUUUUUUUUCUUUUUGGCUUGUUUUUGUAAUCGGCCGGGCAGCGCCCUCGCGUUUUGUAUAGUCCAUUGGGCCUUAUAAAACAAUCAAACAAUCAAGGGGGAGAGCAAAUGCCGUUUUUUUUUUUUUUUAGGCCUCUUUUUAUUUUUCUUGCCUUUUCGAUGAUCUAGGUUAAUGGAAUAGUGAGGGCUGGAUGCUUGAUGGCCUGUCGCGUGCAGAGACGCGGGCGGCUUCACCGUUAACCUACCUUUGUAUAUAUUUGCUGGUAUGCGCACAUCUGUUCAUUGCGAGCAGGGAGGAAGAAGGCAGUUUUUUUUUCCAUUUUUAAUUAUUAUUCUGCAUGUGAACUCAAUGCCGACAUAUUUUCUAUCAUAGAUUUUAGUUUUAGAUUUUUUUUUUUCGUUUUCCUCCCCGAUUGCCGGUGGACCCCGUGACAUCCCUCGCGGAAAAAACUGAAUGAAUCGUUGGUGAUAUUAUUUUACAACUCUGUUGUAUGGAACACAAGAUGGAAAGUUUAAACAAAAAAACUAAAAACUUUGGACUUUCCACCCUACCGAUUGAUCGUAUGGCAAUGUCAAUGACUUUAGUCUCGUAGCUUUUUUUUUUUUCAAUGUAUACGCUGUCCGUGUGAUCCUGGAAAAGAUCAUAAGAUAAAGUAUGCAAUACCUGCUACCUGUGUGCUGCUUUCCCCACUGUGACUACCGUAUAGGUUUGGAAAUUCAAAAUGGCGUCAGUCGUCUCCAAUCAACUGACCGUCGACCACAGUUUACAGUAAUUAAAGGGGUUUUCCACCAUAUUGUGCCGCAUCAGUGAUCCUGAGCUUGCUUAGGUACAGAAUUUGGGCAUCUCCCAUUGACUUUAAUGGAAAAUGACCUCUUCCAGGAACGGCGCCAGACCCAUUCUCCCGCUAGGCCGGAGUCCCAGGAGUCAGUCUCGCGCUUUUAUGGUGUAUACCGUCAAAAAACCCUUUAAAAAAGAUGUAUGAAAUUUCCUAAAACUUACUAUGUUGACCAUAGCGACCAAUCAAUGCUCAGAUUUCAUAUUUCACAGCGCUAACCCCAUAGUCUCUCCUUUGAGAGAGACCGCAUAGAUGCCAACAGCCCCGCAUUUUCAAGGACUGUCCCUAACUUUCAGAGAUGGUUCCAAAUUCGGGCUAUCCCGAGCCGAAAAUGGGCAGGGCUUAAGUAAGCUCCACCGAUACGUUUGUUUGGGGGCGUUGCCUAGGGCGGGGCUUACAGGUCCCAAAUUUACCAGCUUCAGUUUCGGUAACAGACAGAUAUAUGAUAGAUGACUAUCUACUAGCAUCUAAAAAGUCAGGAAAUAUUAUCCCCGCUCUGGGAACGCUGCUCUAUCCCCUACGCUAGUAUGGAUGCACCUGGAUAAGGGGUAUCCUUGUCGGACCCUAUCAUUUACGGUGGUCACAGCUGGACGCUUAUCGGUGUCUUUUAGUCCCCAUUGAGACCCUCACUAAACUUGGUGAAUGACCUCAUCACUAGAUGGCGAGACUACAAAUGGCUGCCUCUGCUUUGUGCCCCUAAAAUUACUCUCGUCAACUACUCCCCCCCCCCCCCCCAUCCAUUAUAAUUGACUUUGUGGCACCACCCAUUUACAAGAAAAUACAAUUUUCUUUGCAAUUCCAUGUCCUGCCAGAGGGUGGUGCUGGUAAUAGCGCCGAUCUGUAUACAUAUGUAAAUAAGUAGAGAAGGCUUAAAGGCUAUGAACACCUUUUGGGGGCGAUUUUUAUUUUUUUAUUGAAUUGUACUCAUUUUGAACUAAAAAUCAUUUUGUUCAAUUGGUCUUUAUGGGAAAUUUGGAGCCCUUUUCUCUGCACAGCCUUGAGAUUCUCUAGUAGCCUGCUGUCUGUUUUCACUCUGUUCCAUCCGGCAGCUCAGCUGAUGGCUCCUUAUCUCGCACCUCUAACCUUAUACAAUACUCAUUAUAUCUCAUUUCAUCUUACUGAUAAGAAUGUGGCUUAAAUAAGUGUCUAUGACUUUUUAGUAAUUUAGUGAUGAGGUUUAUUAGAUGACUGUACAAAGUAAAAGUACCAUUAACACAGCUAAACAGUUAACCUUUAGUGAGAGAACUUCUGAAUGUUUUUAAUAAAGACCAAUUGAAAAAAUUAUUUUUAACCCAAAAUGAGCAAAAUGCAAUCAUAAAAAGGUGUUCAUAGCCUUUACAUCACGCACAAGAUAGAUCAACGACACUUUCCCAGUAUAAACCCCGUGUAUGUAUUAUGCUUUGUUUUUGCUUUUUUUGCUUUUACAUUUGAUUAUACGUAGGAUUUAGCGGGGCGACGUGUGCCUUUCCUUUUUCUUUGUAGAAAUUUGCCCCUUUCUAUAUCUUUUUAAUAGUUGGUGCACUGAUUUCUAACAGCCAAUCAGAUUUUUAGUGUUCAUAAAUCUCAUUUGCAUUGAAAUGAUCCCUUGGUGACGUGUGCUGUAAACCAUAGCCACCAGGUGGCGCCGCUUUUCUGUCCUACAGUAGGGAACGACCGGUGGUCCGCUCUUUCUUAAAAUCUCUGCAGUGGCCUUCGAAUGUGAAGGAUCUUAUACACCUUAGUGCCCCAGAUGAUUUUUUAUUUUUUUUUACAUUUUUGUUGGUGACCUGUGGAUGAUGUAUACCAUUGUAUGGGUAUAUAGUGGUUUAAGUUCGGGUCAUACGGUCAGAGAUUUUAUCUACCAUAGUCCUCUUAGACGUGAUGUUCUUCCCCGCCAUAACACCCAGAUGUAAAGUGAACACAGCCUCAUUUGUGUACAAUGCGGGACAGUAGUGACAUCAUGUUUUUUGGUCUACACUUAGAAACUGCAAAAAAAUAAAAAUAAAACGCCUGAACGAGCCGAGCAUCUAUGCCAGCUGGACACGGUCAGGAAAGUUUCAGCUUCAACAUAUAUGGCUAUUAUUCACACGUUGUGGUGCAUUUUAAGAAAACUGUGACAUGGCCGCAUGGGAUCGCAGCCUAAAUGUGAAUGAGAUUGUAGCCUCUAUAGUAGAUAUUGGAUGCGUGGUGUUGUCGGGGUAUGGUACACUGUCCACAAUGGCCUUUUUGGUCAAAGCAAUCACAAAAUACACCCCCCCCCCCACCCACUGUACACUCACCCCUCCACUUGUCCGAUGUUCUGAUACGUGGCACCAUCGAUUCAGCAUUUGUCGUGUCAGUGUUCACUACAGCGCAGGCAUGCUAUUCAAGCACGAGGAAGCUCAGGAUGAAUGGGGAUAUCAAUCCCACCAGUAGUAGAACGUGGUUAUGAGAUGCUAUGUAGAUACGAAACGUCUGAUAAACUGGUCAAUGAUUCCAUUGAUUUUUACUGUCUGAUUGCAAACUGGACGUCUCCAUUUUUUGUCCGUUGUGUAAAUGUCUCAAGACAAUAAACUUCCUUUGUAUUAGUGCGUUUA